ACUGGCCAAAACAAUAAUAAAAGUAAAGCAAAUAACAAAUGGACCUGCAAUUUGACAGCGAAACGUAUUGGAACCGAUCCUCUCGCGCAGCCUUUAGCUUCGACGAUGAGGACGAGGUGGACCUUGGCCCGGAGCUGGCCACCAAUGGAAUCCUCGCCGACGAUGCCAUCUCUGAGGCCAGCUUCGACAACAGCGCCACUCUGAAUCUCUCCAUCAAGUCCAUUUUGAGCGAGGAAGCUCUGAAGCUGGUGCUCCAAGAGCAGGCACUGGACGACCGUGUCUUGCCCAAGGGCGUGUCGCCGGAGGAGGAACUGAAGUUGCUGCGGCGCCAACUCCAGAGCACGCUGUACAGUCCAAAUCUGGAGGCUACGGCCCAAAAGCUUUUGCAGGGCAAGACGGCGCCGUUGGAGAUGUUCAAGUCCCUGCACGAGAAGCGUCAAUUGCUGGACACCCUGCUGGCCCAAGGCGGCGGACAUGCUGUCAUCUCUGUGCUGCUCUUCCUCAAGAAAACUCUGAAUACAGUCCAGUUUCACGGUAUACUCAAGGAGCGACCCAAAGCUUUGGAGCAGUACUUGAGUUACCUUAAAGAAGCCGGCGACUUGGCCAGCUAUAUAGAUCUACUGCAGAGAUUCGGACGACACCAGGAGGCGGCUUUAAAGCAGUUUCAGGCCGCUUUAUCCGCCGCGGAUGUGACAGCUCGCAAGCAACAGCUCCAGCGUUUGGUUGACGCAUAUUCUACAGCAGGAGUUGGCAUUAUUCCGCUGUACGAACAGGUGUUCCAUGCCGCAUUGAAGAUGCAACAGCUUUUGGAGAAGGACAAUGGCCUGGGCAAACUGCUCCGGGAUCAAGCCACACCCGUUGAGGUGCUCUAUGCCUGCUGCCAGGCGAACAGCAAUUGGAAGGAGCAGGAUAUGCUGAAGCUAGUAUCGCCGCAACGCUUUGCCGCCGAUCAGCAGAUCUCGCCGGCGCAGUACGAGUGGACAGCGCUCAACGAGCGGGCGCAAGCCCAAGCAUAUGCCGACCUGGAGUGCAUCUUUGAGCGCGUGCCCAGUUGGCAUCCCCUGAAAUCCAAGCAGUUUCACAUUAGCUUCGACCUCACGCUGGCCGUGCUCCGGCUGUAUGAGCUGCAGGCUCCCUCAACUGUGCUCCAACUCUUCCUCUCCAAGAUGGGCAACACGGUGGAAAAGCUGGCCCUGGCACAGCGGGUGAAGUGCAUCAAGGCUGUGAUCGAUGCCAUGGCUGGACUGAAGCAGCAACAGGAGCUACUGCAGCUGAAGGACUCCCUGCCGGAUAGGUCUGAGGAGCAGUUCUACUGCGAGAAUGCCCUCAAGUCGCUGCAGAGCAAGCGCUGGACCACGGACAAUAUCAAGCUUAAGCUGUAGAGACGGAUUCUUUAUAUAAACGUACUUUAUUGUUAAUCAUAUAUAUGUGUAUAUAAUUAUAUUAUUUCUACUCUGGUUUUAUUAAAUAAUUGCAAAUCACAAGCUGAAUAUCGAAUAAGAAAACAAAAAAUAUAUAUUUAUGUAUGUAUGGUGUAUAUCUUGCAGAGCCUCCUUUUUGAUCUGUUCGAUGAUGAGCAGUUUUGGAUUACUUUAUCGUUUUUUGUUUUUAGUUUAUUGAGUAAACAAUUAAAAAGCAGCAAA